UGGGCGUGUCGAAAGGCGCUCUCCGCUCUUUUCGCUUGCCGUAGCUAGUUCCAAGAUGGCGGCCGCCGCGGACGUGCCAGUUCGAAUUUGCAACCAGGAGAUUGUCAAAUUUGACCUCGAGAUUAAAGCAGCAGUGCAGGAUAUCCGGGACUGCAUGGGCCCUGUGAGUAAACUUACAGAACUGAAUGCCAAGGUGAAGGAAAAAUUUCAGCAAUUGCGGCUUAGAAUACAGGAGCUUGAACAGAUGGCUAAGGAACAAGAUAAAGAAUCAGAAAAGCAGACUAUGCUUCUAGAAGUAGAGAACCAUAAAAAGCAAAUGCUCAGCAAUCAGGCAGCAUGGAGGAAAGCGAAUCUAGCUUGCAAAAUUGCCAUUGACAAUGCUGAGAAAGAUGAAUUAUUGCGAGGAGGAGACCCUCUAAGGCAAAGAAAAGCUACUAAGGAAAGCUUGGCUGAGGGGGCCAGUAACAUCACUGAGAGCUUGAUGGGUAUUAGCAGGAUGAUGUCUCAGCAAGUCCGGCAAAGUGAGGAGGCUAUGCAGACCCUAGUGAAUUCUUCACGAACUAUCCUAGAUGCAAACGAGGAAUUUAAAUCCAUGUCUGGAACAAUACAGCUGGGACGAAAACUCAUUACAAAAUACAAUCGCAGAGAAUUGACAGAUAAACUGCUCAUCUUUCUUGCACUUGCUUUGUUUUUGGCCACAGUGCUUUACAUCCUGAAGAAGAGACUGUUUCCCUUUUUGUGAAAUUCUCAAGGAAGGGAGAAAGCAUGAAUGCGAGGCAAAUGAAAUGAGAUAAUUUAUGAUAAGUAACUGACACUAUUCUGACAGAGAAAAGGUCGAAGGAGACUGGACUUUGUACUGUAUAAAUGAACAGUAAGCUUACUUUGCAUGAGCGCAAUGAUCUGCAGGUACAGCCAAAACAAGGAAGGAAGAAUGAUCUUCAGAGAGAACGAGCUGGUCAGGUGCUCUGAAGAGUGGUGGCAUCAGUUAUAACCUGGAUGGUGGGUGGCAUGUUCAUCCCAUGUGGGCAUGGAUCAUAUGUUCCACUUCCUUCUUCUGUUCAGAAGAUAUGCUGAUCUAAAUCAAGCAAGGCAUGCGGGGAGUGGGAAGAGACUGCAGUAGAUGCAUUGAGGCACAUUCCUGCACCAACCUCUGCUUGGAUCCAGAUAGAGCAGGGAGUCUUAUGUUAAGUAAAAAUAAAUACGUACUUAAAAUGGAUUAAAGAGGGAAGAGAAAUGUGCAUCAUCUUACUGUUUCUUUUAUACAGUCUUUUAAAUUUUGCUUCAGUUAAUUCCAGAAGUGAAAGACCAGCAUGAUGAGCUGCAAAAUCAAAAUCUAAUUGGUAUUGGCAGGAAUAUGUCCUUGUUCUUUCAUUUUUGUUUUGAAAAUUGAGUUUGGGAAGUUUCUUUUGCUUCAUUCUAAUUUUUGCUUUGAUGGCCUAAUGCUGAGUAGGAAAGUGUAAUUCUUAGAAUGCUAUUGAAACUUUCUCAUUCCUUUUCUAUUAGCCUUCCAAUAUAAGAUGAGGUGCAAAUCAGUGAGUGGCAUGCACUCUCUACACCCAUAGGUGCAAUUCUUCAUCAGUGCACAGCUAAAUGCACAGGAGUGGAUCCCCAUGACAACCAUAGAGCCUCUUUCCCCCCUCCAUCUUCCUCAUUGACUCUUGGCAGAGAAUGCACUUUGUCAGGCAUGCGGCAGUAUUCAAGGCUGCUCCGAUCCAAGCAAUCUGGCUACUUUCACUUGAAAUAUAAACAGCAUGCCCUGAUAUAAGAGCCUGGAAAGACUAGGGCCCCUGGAUCCUUCUAUAAGAGGCAAGGAAAGUCCUCUCAUUACAGGUAGUAAUCAAACAUAUUGCCACACAAAGCAUAGUGGGCACCUGCUUGAGGAAUGGAAGUAGAAAAAGGUGGACAAAACACAUAUCGCAUCACACAAUCAUUCCACAGUGCGCCACAGAGAGAGGUCCAUCUUACUGUGACAUACCUCUGAAGAUGCCAGCCAUAGAUGUGGACAAAACUUUAGGAGCAAAAACUACAGACCAUGACCACAUAGUCUGGGAAACUCACAACAGCUAGUUGAUCCUAGUCGUGAAAACCUUCCAGAAGACAUCAAUGUGUGGUUUUUAUUUCAAAGUAUUUGAAAUAAUAUUAAAGUAUUGUUAUAACUCUUGAACCCAGAUUUCUUUUCAUACAAUAAUUGCUGAAAGUUACCCAUGGAUUUUUAUGAUCCCAUUCCUUAGGCUAUCUCUCUGAAACUGAGCCCUGAUGUUUCCAUCUUGGAUCAGCACUGGACAUAGAGCAAAGCCUGUUACUUGGAGGGAACCCUCACUUUCCUGAAGCAGGUGUGCCAGAAUUAAAGUCCAUUGCCAACCAGUACACCACACUGGCUCUGGCACUGCCUUUUGAGAUCCAGUUUCCAUAUGUAUGGUUCUAGGUUUUGCUGUGCCCCUUUUCAGUGUGAUACCUUUACCUUUCUGUGACUUUUAUGGACUCUUGGAAAUUGUUACAUCUGAUUAUAUGAGUACUACAUUGCUUCAUGAAGAUUGAAUGCUUUGUGCUUAAUUCUGUGUGCAUUUUAUACCAUCAGUCUAUUGCAAUUCUGCAAGUGCUAAUUAGAGGUUCUAGUCUUAAUGAAAAGGUUGAAAUCCAAGCAGCUAAUAAGCUUCUUACCAAUUCUGAAGCCAAUAAUGUAUGUGGUUGCAUGUGAGAGAGACAGAACACACAUGUAUUGUGUAGGAAGGCCUGAUACACGCUUAGUGGCACAUGGGACACCUUUCUGGAAUGCACUAACAGCCACAGUGACCUAAUGUUGCACUGAUCUACUUGGCUUAGUUGAGGCACAACAGCUCUCUUCCUAUUUCCUCCUCUCCUCCUUGCUCCUUCUCACUUACCUGGAUGAAGGCAGAGGACUGAACUGCAAAUUCACAGAGCUCAGUUGCUAACCGUAGAAUAUACAUUCAGGAGCUCUACCAGAUAAUUUUUAUCACCCAGAUAAUGGGUUUCUUUUUCUAAAUGUUACUAAGUUUUUGCUUAACUGCUUAUCGUCUCUCAUUGUUUAAAAU